ACACAUCCAAACACCAUCCACUAAGAAACAACCCAAACAUAUAGAUCAUAUCAUCGAUAAAAUGUUUAAGAUUGUUUCUGUGAGUGUCGUGAUUUUCCUUGCGACGGUUAACGCCGGUGUUUUAGGCGGAAAUUUCGAACACAAUACAUAUGAUAUCGCCCAGGCUAUAAAUAAUUUAGGUGGUGGGCAUGGAUAUUCUUCGGAAGGUGGUCAAAGCAGUUACGGAAGUGGAUCUGAUUAUGGAUCUUCAAGUGGUUCCAACGAACAAAGUCACGAAGAAGAUUAUUACACCCCUCCGAAAUACGAAUUUAAAUACGGAGUGUCCGAUCCACACACCGGAGACGAAAAAUCUCACCAAGAAGUUCGCGAAGGCGGAGUCGUAAAAGGAUCUUAUUCUUUGGUAGAACCAGACGGUUCAGUUCGUACGGUUGAGUACACAGCCGAUGAUCAUAAUGGAUUUAACGCGGUGGUUACGAAAAGUGGCCAAUCUUCACAUCCAGAAGGAAAUUAUGACGUUGGUGGUGGAUAUGACGAAUAUUAUAAACAUUAACGACGAUUUUAUUUACGGGUUAAUUAUUAUAUAUGUUUGUGAUAUAAACUUGCGAAAUUCAAAUAUAAAAUAAAAAAAUAAAUUAUGUA